UCCCCACCCUCUCCCCUCGCCCGCCCUUCCCUCCCGGGCCGGUGCGCCGCCUAGAAAAACUUGUGCGGGGCCAUUUUUGGGGCAGUAAGAUCGAGCGAGGAGCCCAAGAGCGAGCGCGCAGCACGAAGCUCGAGCCGCCUCCGCCGCGCGACCCCACCUCGGCCGCCGCCGCCUGCGCCGCGAGAGCCGCCCCGGCCUCCCCGAGAGCGAGCCCCGGCCGCCGCGACCACCAGCCGCGCUAACCGCCGACCAACCGCCACCGAGGCGCCUGAGCGAGAGCAGAGGAGGAGGAGGCAUGAGUGAGGCGGGCGAGGCCACCACCACCACCACCACCACCACCCUCCCGCAGGCUCCGACGGAGGCGGCCGCCGCGGCUCCCCAGGACCCCGCGCCCAAGAGCCCGGUGGGCAGCGGUGCGCCCCAGGCCGCGGCCCCGGCGCCCGCCGCCCACGUCGCAGGAAACCCCGGUGGGGACGCGGCCCCCGCAGCCACGGGCACCGCGGCCGCCGCCUCUUUAGCCACCGCCGCCGGCAGCGAAGACGCGGAGAAAAAAGUUCUCGCCACCAAAGUCCUUGGCACUGUCAAAUGGUUCAACGUCAGAAAUGGAUAUGGAUUUAUAAAUCGAAAUGACACCAAAGAAGAUGUAUUUGUACAUCAGACUGCCAUCAAGAAGAAUAACCCACGGAAAUAUCUGCGCAGUGUAGGAGAUGGAGAAACUGUAGAGUUUGAUGUGGUUGAAGGAGAGAAGGGUGCAGAAGCUGCCAAUGUGACUGGCCCGGAUGGAGUUCCUGUGGAAGGGAGUCGUUACGCUGCAGAUCGGCGCCGUUACAGACGUGGCUACUAUGGAAGGCGCCGUGGCCCUCCCCGGAAUGCUGGUGAGAUUGGAGAGAUGAAGGAUGGAGUCCCAGAGGGAGCACAACUUCAGGGACCGGUUCAUCGAAAUCCAACUUACCGCCCAAGGUACCGUAGCAGGGGACCUCCUCGCCCACGACCUGCCCCAGCAGUUGGAGAGGCUGAAGAUAAAGAAAAUCAGCAAGCCACCAGUGGUCCAAACCAGCCGUCUGUUCGCCGUGGAUACCGGCGUCCCUACAAUUACCGGCGUCGCCCGCGUCCUCCUAACGCUCCUUCACAAGAUGGCAAAGAGGCCAAGGCAGGUGAAGCACCAACUGAGAACCCUGCUCCACCCACCCAGCAGAGCAGUGCUGAGUAACACCAGGCUCCCCAGGCACCUUCACCAUCGGCAGGUGACCUAAAGAAUUAAUGACCAUUCAGAAAUAAAGCAAAAAGCAGGCCACAACCUUAACCAACACCAAAGAAACAUCCAAGCAAUAAAGUGGAAGACUAACCAAGAUUUGGAGAUUGGAAUGUUUACUGUUAUUCUUUAAGAAACAACUACAAAAAGAAAAUGUCAACAAAUUUUUCCAGCAAGCUGAGAACCUGGGAAUUCCUGCACAGAAGACAAGAGAGCAGCCUCUCCAGUUUCAGCAACCGCUAGGUUUCUAUUUUUUUUUCCUGGUUUUUACUGUUUUGGUAAUAUAUAUAUUGAAACAAGAAAUAUUAAUACCACAUGGGGAGAACCCCAACCAAAGAAAUCUGAAAUAUAUAGUAAAUGCUUUUUUUUCCGUUUUUGUUCAUUUUGGAUGCUGGUGCUAAACCUCCAAGUGUCAUGAUUUAAAAAAAAAAAAAAAAUUUAUGUCCUUCUUAUUUAUUUCUUAGGAUGAGGGGAGGAUAACAUUUUUGCUUUCUUAUGUGACUCUCUUUGAAAAUGUGCGGUAAGAAAUUCCUCAAAAAUAAAAUUUUUACCCUUCAGAGGACAGAA